AUAAAUAAACCAGGCAUGACACCGAAAAAAAGCCGCGUCCAUUCUUCAGACACGAUGACAACCAGCCCUUCGCCGUUACGAUAAAAGCGGCUCCUCGCUCUUUAUCUCCCUCUAAUUGGCAACAAUGGCGAGAGUAGCAUGGCGGCACUUCGUUCCUGCUAUAUGCUCGCCACUGAACUCAUCUUUCUGCAGAAACAGCUUGCUUCACUGCCAUAAGUCUCAUUUGAUGGGCAUUUAUAGCCGGCGGAUGCGGUUUUCUUCUUCUUCUUCCAAGAUAAGCAUGAGCUUGAAAGCCGGCAUCAUUGGACUCCCAAAUGUCGGCAAAUCCACUCUCUUCAACGCCGUCGUUGAAAAUGGAAAAGCCCAAGCUGCUAAUUUCCCCUUUUGUACCAUAGAGCCAAAUGUUGGGGUUGUUGCAGUUCCGGAUCCACGUCUCCAUGUACUUUCUAGUCUUAGUAAAUCUCAACGAGUGGUCCCAGCAUCUAUAGAAUUUGUAGACAUUGCUGGGCUUGUGAAGGGUGCCAGCCAAGGGGAGGGGCUGGGUAAUAAAUUCUUAUCAAAUAUUCGUGAAGUUGAUGCCAUACUUCAGGUUGUACGCUGUUUUGAAGAUAAUGACAUUGUUCAUGUGAAUGGGAAAGUUGAUCCUAAAUCUGAUAUUGAUGUGAUCAACUUAGAGCUAAUUUUUUCUGAUUUGGACCAGAUUGGGAAGAGAAUGGAGAAACUCGAAAAAGGUAAGGCAAAAGAUUCAAAAUCUAAACUUAAGGAGGAAGCAGAAAAGUCUGCUCUGGAAAGAAUUCAGCAGGCCCUUAUGAAUGGAAAACCAGCUCUAUCGGUAGCUCUAACGGAUUUUGAAAAGGAUGCUGUAAAGCAUCUUUGUUUGCUUACAAUGAAACCUGUCAUAUACGUUGCUAAUGUUGCAGAAUCUGAUCUAGCUGAGGCAGGAACAAAUCUUCAUGUCAAAGAAGUCAUGAACUUUGCAUGUGAGCUGCGAUCUGGAAUAGUAACAAUCUCAGCUCAGGUCGAAUCAGAGCUUACUGAACUGCCAUCUGCAGAAAGAACAGAAUACUUGAAAUCUCUUGGUGUCGAUGAAGGUGGCCUUGGAAAUCUUAUCAGAGCAACAUAUAGCCUCCUUGGUCUACAGACCUACUUUACAUCUGGCGAGAAGGAAACGAAAGCAUGGACCAUACUUGCAGGAAUGACUGCAGCUCAAGCUGCUGGAGUUAUUCACUCCGACUUUGAGAAAGGUUUUAUUCGAGCUGAGACGGUUGCUUAUGAUGAUUUUGUUGCUGCUGGUUCACUAGCAGCUGCAAGGGAAAAAGGGCUUUUGCGAUCCGAGGGGAAAGACUACAUUGUACAGGAAGGAGAUGUGAUGCUGUUUCGUUUCAAUGUUUGACCUCAAUCUUGUUGAAGCUGGUGGUUGUACAAGAUAAAACUCAUUUCAUUGGAUGGUGGUUGAAAUCUUCAAUGUGAGAUUGUCUCUAAUUGAUAGGCAUGAGCAGGGGACAGCAAUGUUAUUUGCAUGCCCAGAGGAAAAUCCUCAAUUUUGCUUGUAGAGUAAAUUGAUAUGUUUAUCAUCUCAUUUUGUUGUUUUUCAUUUUAUAUAUUUUUUCGCUAGUGUAGAUGAGUUGGGGCCUCUCUGCAUUCACUAAAUUAUUCAAUAGAAAACAAAGUUCAAAGGUAUUUAGUUUUUAAAA